UGAUGAACCUGUGGCCCAUCUUAUAUUUUUAACUGUGCAAUAUGUCCAUGACCAUGUAUGAGGGUCAAACCCUCACUGCCGGACAGCCCGUUGGCCGAACAUUUAACUUAAAGACGACCCCAAUCAUACAUUUGUGAACAUACAUUAACACGCUGCAGCAAACGCAUCGAUUGGGUUUUACGAUACAGCAGGGCGCGCGGUGGGCGCGCAAGAUUCUUGCCAUCACCAUGUCCAAGGACCGCUCACAGGAUUACCAAGUCGUCGAUAAUCAGGGCGAGCCUUCGUCGCAGGAGGCACCGACGGUUCCCCGGCCUGCGGGUUCCGCGACAAAGAAUCACUAUCUGCUUAUUGGGCUCGCGAUCGCCUGCUGCGUAGUUGUGGCAGCAAUUGUUGGCCCUGUUUGUGGAACUGGUCACUGUGGAAAGAAAUCAUCGGCGGCGUCAACAAGAAAUGUGCCGCUGAAUCCCCUUCCACCGAUGCCGUCUCAGCCGCCAUCGCCUUCACCGCCUCCCCCAUCGCCGCCAUCACCUCCCCCACCGCUGAGGGCGCCGCUAUUGCCGUCCUCAACCCUGCCUCCCCCGGCUUCUCCACCGCCCUCCCCUCCACCACCGUCACCAUCAUUGCCACAAGUCCCGCCGCCGCCUUCACCGGACACGCCAGUGUUGAAGUUUGAAGAUCGAGCUUUCGCAUGGUCACCUAUUAGCUGCACCCGCAGAGGUACGAAUGGUACAAAUAUGGAACGGAACCCGCCGGAUGGACGGAAGAUGACAAUGGGCGCGGAGCCCCCAAAGCUGCGCGCACCCUGCACCUGGUUUCGCGUGUUGCAGCGGGCGCUGAAAAUCCACAUGACCCUGACAACACCCUGA